UUGUAAUCAGACGUAAUAUUUUCCCGUGUUAAUCAGAUAAAGAGUUCCCUCUGUUCACUGUAAAUGUUUCUUGUUUAGUGUCUUUUUUGGUAAAUCAGGUGAGGUUGGUGUUUUUUUCUGGCUCUUUCUGAUUGGUUGGAGCAUGAAGCUUCGGUUUCUCGGUGCUGAGCUCCUGUUUUUACGUAUUUAUGAUUUUAUUUAAUGCGAACGUCACAAACGUUUCCUCCCCCCGCGGAGCUCCACAGUGGACCGACCCGGGCAACAGGAAAACAUCCUCCUCCUUCUCCUCCUCCUCCGUCUGGGGUCACAGCAGCCCCCAGCCCGGGCUUUAAAACCAGCCAGCCGCCACAUCCUCCUUUUUCUCCUCCCUCCACCCUUCCUCCUCCUCCUGUCGGGGCUGUGAGGACGGAGCGCCUCCUCUCCUCUCAUCUCCGGUCAGCCUGAUUCUCCUGCUCGGAGAUCAGGUUCAGCUGAGGGCGCUCUCCUCUCACUGAUCUGGUGUCAGAUUUUAUGGUUGGACAGCGAUGGAGGGGGGGGAGGGUGAAGCUGCUCUGCUGACUCUGAGGACAAGCGUAACCACAGCAGCCGUUAGCAGCGGCUGGGCGUCGCCCGGCUGGGCAAGCUGAUAAACAGCAGAGGGGAGGGGGAGGAAGGGAGGAGGACAACGAGAUGAAAGGAGGUGGUGGGGGACGGUCAGAGGAAGGAUGGAGGAUAUCCUCCCCCAACUCUCAUGUUGUUUAGGUAGAAGGUGUGCCCCCUCCCCUCUGACAGCCUCGCUGUGACUCUCCAGCAGUCGUCCGUCCUCAGCAGCUCCAAACACCGUCUGAGCCGUGAGUAACACCUUUAACGCUGAACGCUCGUCAUCAGGACGCUGUCACACAUCCUCACAAAGCUGCAGCACCUUCAUAUACACUCGAGCUCGUUUAUCACUGUCAGACUUUCAGCAUCAACACAAAGAUUCAGAUAUUCACUUUACUGUAUCUUGAAGUCACCGCGGCAACCCGAACAGCACCACAAGUCUGCGUCUUCUUCCUGAAACUCUUCGCAGCCAAUCAGAGAGCUUACUGGAGACAGCAAACUGAGAAAUCUGCUUAAAUCAGGUCGGAGCGACUUCCGUGUCCACAGCUAUGCAGAAGGUGGAGGGACGGGUAACUCCGGUCAACCUGCCGUCCUCGAGGGGCCCGAGCACCCCGGGGUCUCCGGCGACGGGCAUUGUGGCCCGUGUCAAUGACCAGGUGGUGGGCUACAGAGACCUGGCGGCACUGCCCAGAGAUAAAGCCAUCCUGCAGGUGGAGAGACCGGACCUGAUGACCUACCAACCCCACCUGAGCUUCUCCCCGCUCGACCCGCCACGCAGAGAGAGAUCUCUGUCUCCUCCAUCCACGUCUCCAGCCUUGUCUCCAACCAUGUCUCCAACCAUGUCUCCUGAGGUGAAGGGGCGCAGGGCAGAAAGUGAGAGCGGUUCUCCUGGAGGAUCCACGCUGCAGCUGCAGGCUGGACGCAAGAUCAGUACGAGCCUGCAGCAUUUCCACCGACCAGAUAACGGGACCAACAUUUACAGGAAGCCUCCUAUCUACAAACAGGACGCUCACAAACACGGCGAGGGCAGCGGCGUCAUCCAGUCAGCAAAGUUUCCUGCAGCCCAGCCGCCAGAUCCCAACCAGCCUUCCAAGAUUGAGACCGAGUACUGGCCCUGCCCACCCUCACUGGCCGCCAUGGAGAUUGAGUGGCGGAAGAAGAAGAAGGAGCUGCAGGAGGAAGACGAGUUUGAGGACCUCACAGAAGAAGCGAAGACGCUACAGGAACAGGAGCUGGAGAAGAUCAAGUCCAACCUGGGCCGUCUGAUCCUGAAGGAGGAGAAAGAGAAAGCCGUCCACUUCAGGAGGAAGACGCAGUCAUUGCCCGACAGAACGCACAUGCACGGCAGUUUGUCAGCAGGUGCCUCCAAGUCUCCAUCACGCUCAGGAUCAGGCCUGACACGAAUGCAGUCGGCAGAGUUUUCCACAGAUGGCGAUAAAGGACGGCCAGCUGCUCAGAACGGUGACACUCGCAGGGAGCGCAUGGACCGAGGAAACUCUCUGCCGAGCAUCCUGGAGCAGAAGAUCUACCCCUAUGAGACACUGGUUGUGACCCACAGAGGGCGCUGUAAGCUGCCUCCAGGCGUGGACCGCACUCGGCUUGAGCGGCACCUGUCCCAGGAGGAGUUUGAGCAGGUGUUCGGGAUGCCGAUGGCCGAGUUUGAGCGCCUCUCGCUGUGGAAACGAAAUGAACUGAAGAAGAAGGCCUCGCUUUUCUAACAGGAAGUGACCUCAUCCCAACAAAUACUUGAUGAAGGUUUUAAAGUAGGAGGAGUUCAAAUAAAAUAUCCAAUCAGCAGACACACACAGAGCCAAUCACCUCACUCUGAUACGUCCUCCAUCUUACUAACCGUGCUCCUGGAAGCUCGCCGAGGAGCAGACCGGUCCUGGUUAACCUUUUACUGCGACUAACCUUAAUCGAUACACUGAUAACCAUAUAAUUACCACUGCUUACAGGUCACCACAUUAUCUUCAUCAUCUUCAUCACAUGUAAUCUCUGUAGCUCUGUCUCCUCACGUGGAUUAUUCCCAGCUCCGGGUCUGAUCCAUGUCAGGGACCUGCUGCGGGUCCCUCAGAUUUCACGCCAUCUUCAGGUGUUACGCUAACAUGAAGCUGCUUCACUUUCAUCCUUGUAGUUAGACAGUUAGAUGGGAUUUUUAGUGGGAUAGUAAAAAUGAAAAUGACCUCUUACAGCUUUCCCAAUCAUUUCUAGGUCUAGGAAAGUCAUUAUGGACACCUCGUAAGGAUUUGUGGAAAGAGCAGACCUCAAUCUCCAGCAUAUCCUGGGUCUGUUAGUCAAACCUCAGAUUCAGGAGGAUCAUUAUCUUUAUUUAGAGAGCUUUUUUUUUAGUGACGGCCCGUUAUCACGGAAGCCUGCAGCUCUUCCACAAUCCUUCACAGAUCUUCAGAGCAGCUCUGGGAGUUGCAGAGGCUUCAGGAAGUCUGAACCCCUCCGGGCUGCUUCAGGCUGGCUGUAAUUCCCCUGGAGGCCCAGCUGAGGGCGCUCUAAGCUUGCCCAGCCUGUUCUGUCAGCUGCAGAGAAGCAGGCUGCUCGUGGUGAUGAUUGUGGUCCUGCAGCUUCAUGGUAGCAGUCCGGGUCUAACAGCUGAUUGUAAUGAUUAACCACAUGCAGCUUUUAUUUAUUGGAUGAUUGUAUUUUUUUCUGCAUUUGUCUGCUACUGUGAAGCGUUUUAUUUUGGAAAUCUUGUUGAAAAUAUUUUUGGCUGUAUAGUUUCUGUUUUUAAAUAUUACUCCACGUGGAGUUCAGACCACACACACCUGCAGUUCCUGCUAGCUCACCUGGUGUCACCUGUGCCGUCUCAUCCGUCCCUUGCAGUCCUGUUUCUGUCCUCUGAUAUAAUGGAGACCAAUAAACUUGCAGAGUAACGUCUGUCUCUCGAGUCCUUUUUUCACACAUUUUCACCAUAAAAGUCCUCCGUACCUGCAUACCAGAGCUCAGACUGGAACCAGUUCCAACCACACGACUCAGGGACAGGACUGGUUGUCAGUGUCGAGGCAUUCACACAUUCAGAACUGGGUUCUUACUUAGCUUCCUCUUUUAUCAUCCUAUCACAGUUUUGACCUCCACCUCUGGCUCGACCCCACCCUCUCUCUGGAUCUUUGGGUUUUUCUGCCUUCAUCAUCAUGAUGAUGAUCACCACCAUCAUUAUCCAAUGUCCAGUCUACAUCUCUCCCCAGCAGGGAUGUCGAACUCAUAGCUGCUCCCUGUCAGUGUGAGACGUUUAACUGAACAUGAGAAAGUUUUUCCAUACGAUGAAAAAAAUGCCGUCGCAGGAAGUGAAAGAAAUCUGUCAGCGUGACUGUUUGAGCUUAAACUGAGAAAUGUGUAAAAUUACAGCAAAGCUCUGUAAUUUUAACACAGAAAGUUCCUGUUCAUUCACAGUGAAAGUUUUUAUAUUCUUUAUUCAUUUAUAAUUUUUCAUUUUCCAAAGACAUCCAGCAGGCCGGAUCAAAGACUUUCCCGAGCCAGAUCUGGCCCUUGCACCUUAUGUUUGACACCCUUGCUUUUACUCAUUGAAAACAAAGACGGGAGUCAAAUCAUUUACACUGAGCUUACAGCACUAAUGUUGGCAGGAAAACACAGCCUGAAAGGUCAAAGUUCAUCUGAACACCUCUGUGUGCUCAUCUCCUUUGGUUCUCCAGAAGUCCAAGCAGCAGAUCUCCUGCUGUGUCAGGUGUGACCGAGUCACAGGAGAUUGGAAAUGCCUCUUCCUGUUACUACAGCGUCACACCUCCCAGCUCGCUGUUGACGGUUUCUGCUGUGAGCAGUCCAAACACCCCCGCCACCAUAUUUUAUUUUUUUAAUUAAAUUGAAUCAUCGUCAGCCUUCCCCGCCUGGCUGCGAGCUACUUCACGUGGAGUGAGCAGCAGGUGAUGAUGUGGAGAGUCUGCGUUGCUUGGUAACAGAU